UGAUGUCACCGGCUCAGUGGAGCUCGAGCAUCCUCACCAAAGACACCGAGACAACAGAGCCAUUUUGACCGCUUCGCUUCCUAAAGCAGCGGCCAAGUGGGCCACCUUCCCUCCUCAGUCCUCAAGAGAGGUCCAGUUAGGACGGAAAAGGCCAGUCGGGGCGGAGGAGGUGGGUGUUCUGGUCGGCAGAUUUCGUCGCUGACAUCCUCCUCCCGUCCCGUUUUCAUGAGGAGGAGAGGCUGGUGACAGACCUGGAGGAGAGCGGCGGAAGUGGAGGUAUCCACGGGGUCUGGAUGUGAAACCUACAGGCACGACAAAAACGGUCUGUUCCCAGGAGCUGUUUGGAGAGACCUGCAGGCCCCCCGUCUGGGUUCAGAGAAGGCCCCCCGAGGUGCUGAGAAGACAUCGCCAUGGCAGGGGCCUCGGUGAAGGUGGCGGUGAGGGUCCGCCCCUUCAACUCCAGAGAGACGGAGAAAGAAAGCAAAUGCAUCAUCCAAAUGUCUGGAAACACCACCACCAUCAUCAACCCCAAGCAGGCCAAAGACAACAAGAGCUUCAACUUUGAUUACUCCUACUGGUCGCACACAUCGCCAGAGGAUAUCAAUUAUGCCUCCCAGAUGCGCGUGUACAAAGACAUCGGAGAGGAAAUGUUGCUUCAUGCUUUCGAAGGAUACAACGUCUGCAUCUUUGCAUAUGGUCAGACCGGCGCAGGCAAAUCGUACACAAUGAUGGGAAAACAGGAUGUCAAGGAUCAGCAAGGAAUCAUCCCAUUGCUUUGUGAAGAUCUUUUCACAAAGAUCAAUGAUAAUACAGACAACAGCCUGUCCUACUCUGUGGAGGUCAGCUACAUGGAGAUCUACUGUGAACGAGUGCGGGACUUGUUGAACCCUAAGAACAAAGGGAACCUCCGCGUCAGAGAACAUCCUCUGAUGGGUCCAUACGUUGAGGACCUGUCCAAACUGGCUGUCACUUCUUACAACGACAUCCAGGACCUGAUGGACUCUGGCAACAAAGCCAGGACUGUGGCUGCCACCAACAUGAAUGAGACCAGCAGUCGCUCUCACGCAGUUUUUAACAUCAUAUUUACUCAGAAACGCUUCGAUGCGGAGACCGACAACACCUCUGAAAAGGUCAGCAAAAUAAGCUUGGUGGAUCUGGCCGGCAGCGAGAGAGCGGACUCUACAGGAGCCAAAGGAACCAGGCUUAAGGAAGGAGCAAAUAUCAACAAGUCUUUAACCACAUUGGGGAAAGUUAUUUCUGCUUUGGCAGAAGUGGAUUCCGGACAGAACAAGAAUAAAAAGAAGAAGAAAGUGGAAAGCUUCAUUCCAUAUAGAGAUUCAGUUUUAACCUGGCUGCUGAGAGAGAACUUGGGGGGAAAUUCUCGAACGGCGAUGGUUGCCGCUCUGAGUCCAGCUGACAUCAACUACGAUGAAACCCUCAGCACCCUCAGGUAUGCUGACCGUGCCAAACAGAUUCGCUGCAACGCUGUCAUCAACGAGGAUCCAAACAACCGAUUGGUGCGUGAGCUGAAAGAGGAAGUGUCCCGUCUGAAAGACCUCCUGUACGCCCAGGGACUGGGUGACAUCAUUGAGACCUAUCGAGCAACUGGCGCUGACAUAGAGGGUUUGAAAUACAUGUCCGAUUACACGAACAAUAACGAUGUAGGCCAAGCUGUGAAUCAAAGGGAUGAUCUUUUCACAGUGACCAAUGCCAUGACGGGGAUGAGCCCAUCGCCAUCCCUCUCAGCCUUGUCCAGCCGCGCCGCCUCUAUAGCCAGUCUGCACGACCGCAUUAUGUUCAGCCCAGGCAGCGAGGAAGCCAUUGAGCGGCUGAAGGAAACUGAGAAAAUAAUUGCCGAACUAAAUGAGACCUGGGAAGAAAAGCUCCGCCGGACAGAAGCCAUUAGAAUGGAAAGAGAGGCUUUGCUGGCAGAAAUGGGUGUGGCAAUACGAGAAGAUGGCGGCACCGUUGGCGUGUUCUCUCCUAAAAAGACGCCUCACUUGGUGAACCUCAAUGAGGAUCCGUUGAUGUCUGAGUGUCUGCUGUACUACAUUAAAGAGGGAGUCACCAGGGUGGGUCGUUUGGACGCCAGCAGCCGUCAAGACAUCGUCCUCAGCGGCCAUUUUAUUCAGGGCGAGCACUGCACCUUUACGAGAUGCGCUGGCCCGUCAGGGGAAACAGUCAUCCUAGAGCCCUGCGAAGGAGCCGAGACUUACGUCAAUGGAAAGAGAGUGACAGAAGCGACAGUUCUGAAGUCAGGAAAUCGCAUCAUCCUGGGGAAGAGCCACGUGUUCCGGUUCAACCACCCUGAGCAGGCUAGAGCUGAAAGGGAGCGGACCCCCUGCGCUGAGACCCCUGCUGAGCCUGUGGACUGGGCUUUUGCCCAGAGAGAGCUGUUGGAGAAACAGGGCAUUGACAUGAAACAAGAAAUGGAACAGAGGCUUCAGGAGCUGGAGGAUCAGUACCGCAAAGAAAGAGAAGAAGUCAACAAUCUUCUAGAGCAGCAAAGACUGGAUUACGAGAGCAAGCUUGAGGCUUUACAGAAGCAGGUGGACCGUUAUUACCCAGAAGCCCCUGAAGAAGAGGAGGAGCCAGAAGAGGAAGGUCAAGAUGAUGUCUGGGGUCAGAUGUUGUCUCUCUGUUACAAGGAGGGGAACAGGCAAAGGCUUGACCUCAUGCGAGAGAUGUACGACCGUGCUGCUGAUGUGCCCAACAAUACCACAGAGGAGAGUGAAAGUGUCAUGACAGGAGGCGACCCUUUUUACGAUCGCUUCCCAUGGUUCCGCCUGGUUGGCAGAAAUCCCAUUUUCAACACAUGCAUGAGCGAGCGCAUGAGUGACCCCACCCCAUCCCCGACCCUUUCCACCUCUGAAAUUACUGAGCUGGCUGACUCGCAGAGGGAGGGUCGAGGGGAGGAGGAGGAGUUGGAGGAGUUGGACGACCUGGAUGAUGAUAUCUUUUUGGACGACCCGUGCUCCGAGCUCGGGCCAGAUGAUGAUGAUGAUGAUGAUGAUGAUGAUGAUGUUGGAGGGCUCUGCCAAGGCUCCAGCGAAGGCCUGGACCCCUUUUACGACCGCUCUCCAUUAUUCAGUGUAGUGGGAAGGGCUUUCGUCUAUCUGAGCAACCUGCUGUACCCGGUUCCUCUGGUGCACCGCGUGGCCAUCGUCAGCGAGAAAGGAGAGGUGAAGGGCUUCCUGCGCGUGGCCGUUCAGGCCAUAUCAGCCGACGAGGAAGCUCCCGACUACGGCUCCGGCGUGAGACAGUCGGGCACGGCCAAAAUCUCCUUUGAGGAUCAGCAGUACGAGAAGUUCCAGUCGGAGUCGUGCUCUGUCGGAGUUGGACUGAGCCGCACAGGGGUUUCUCAGGAAGAGCUUCGGAUCGUGGAGGGGGAAGGCCAAAAUGCUGAAAUGAGCCCGUCAGCAGACGAGGUCAACAACAACACAUGUGCGGCUGGUGCAGACGAGUUGGAGAAUCCAGUGAAGGCGGGUCCAGAUGCAGCUUUAGAUGCAACUUUGGAGCACCUGAAAAUUGGAAACAUUUUCACCUUCAGGGUGACUGUCCUGCAGGCCUCCAGCAUUUCUGCUGAAUAUGCUGACAUCUUCUGUCAGUUUAAUUUCAUCCAUCGGCAUGAUGAGGCCUUCUCUACGGAGCCGCUGAAAAACACCGGCCACGGGCCUCCUCUGGGCUUCUACCACGUGCAGAAUAUUGCUGUUGAAGUGACCAAGUCCUUUGUGGACUACAUAAAGACUCAACCGAUUGUCUUUGAGGUGUUUGGACACUACCAGAAACAACCGUUUCUUCCUCUGUGUAAAGACAUCAUCAGUCCGCUUCACGCAUGCAAAAGGCAAUUUCCACAAGUGAUGCCUCUUUCCAAACCAGUGCCUGCCACCAAGCUGAAGGCGAUGAUGCGUCCCCAGGCGGGCCCCCGCCACUGUAAAUAUGAUCUGAUGGUGUUCUUUGAGAUCUGCGAGCUUGAGGCCAACGGAGAUUACAUCCCUGCAGUCGUAGACCACAGAGGAGGCUUGCCAUGCCAGGGUACAUUCCUACUGCACCAGGGCCUCCAGAGGAGAAUAGCUGUCACCAUCGUGCACGAGUCUGCUGGAGACAUAGAGUGGACCGACGUCCGAGAGCUAGUUGUGGGGCGUUUACGCAACACCCUGGAAGCCGACGAGACCGUCAUCGACCCGAACAUACUCUCACUUAAUAUCUUAUCUGCUGGUUAUGUCAAGCCCCUGCAGGAUGACAGACAGUUUCUUGAUUCGGACAUGCCUAGCAUUUCCCUGGGAAUUGACCAUAGGACUUUUUACCGCUUUGAGGCUGCUUGGGACAGCUCGAUGCACAACUCUCUGCUCCUGAACCGAGUCACGCCGUAUGGAGAGAAGAUCUACAUGACCCUCUCGGCCUACUUGGAGAUGGAGAACUGCACGCAGCCUGCAUACAUAACCAAAGAUAUCUGUAUGGUGUUUUACUCACGGGACACCAAGCUCUCGGCCUCUCGUUCGAUCCGCAACCUUUUUGGUACGGGGAGCCUGAGAGCAGCGGAUGGAAACCGAGUAACUGGAGUUUACGAGGUCAGCUUGUGUCACCUUGCAGAUGCUGGAAGUCCAGGCAUGCAGAGGAGACGCAGGCGAGUGCUGGACACCUCUGUGGCCUACGUCCGUGGAGAGGAGAACCUGGCGGGGUGGAGGCCACGCAGUGACAGCCUCAUCCUGGAGCACCAGUGGGAGCUGGAGAAACUCAGUCUCCUCCAAGAUGUGGAGAAAACCAAACAUUUCCUCCUGCUGAGGGAGAAACUGGAGUCCACCCUGCUGACGGGCCAGGAGUCCCUUCAGUCCUGCGUCACUGAGGAGACCAGUGAGUCGGCUCCAGUGGCCGAGGCAGACCCGGGGCCCGCCUUCAGCUCUGAGAUAACCACCGACAGGCAGAGGGAGCUCGCUGCCAAGUGUUUGCGGCUGCUUACUCACUCCUUCAACAGAGAGUACAGCCAUGUGUGUGUCAGCGCCAGUGAAAGCAAGAUCUCUGAGAUGUCUGUCACAUUGCCGAGAGACGCCUCCUCCAUAUCUGCUCUCAACACAAUCACACCCUCCUCAACAUGCCCUUCUCUGGUGGAGGGUUGCUAUAACAACACUGAGCUCAAACCUCCUCCGCCUCUGUCUCGUGCGGUCAGCCCCAGUCCUGAACCACAGCAGGACGGCGCGGACAAAAAGUCCACGAAUGUAGGUCCUGACGUUAAACCUCGGACUCGAAAACUUAUCCCUGACAUACAGGAGAUCAGAGUCAGCCCAAUCGUAUCGAAGAAGGGCUACAUCCACUUCCUGGAGCCGCACACCAACGGCUGGGUGAAGCGCUACGUGGUUGUGCGGCGGCCGUACGUUUACAUCUACAACUCUGAGCGAGACACAGUGGAGCGGGCCAUUCUGAACCUGUCCUCCGCCCAGGUGGAGUACAGUGAGGACCAGCAGGCCAUGCUGAAGACUCCAAAUACGUUUGCGGUGUGUACAGAACAUCGUGGAAUAUUACUUCAAGCCACUAAUGACAAAGAAAUGCAUGACUGGCUGUAUGCGUUCAACCCUCUUCUUGCUGGAACUAUCAGGUCAAAGCUGUCGAGAAGACGAGCCGGACAGAUGAGGAUUUGAGGAAAAAAAGAUACAUGCAAAGACUACAAUGUACAUACUUCCCUGUUCUCCUCAUUCCCAUCGUGCUGAGCCUCGUUUCUACCAUCACUGUCACCGGCAGCCAUCUUCCCCCCCUGCUCAGUCUCCGUUCCGUCGUUCGUGUCUUCGCUGUUGGGUUUUUCCCGUCGGGCCUUAGCAACGCGCAAAGAAACUUCUGGAAGAAUCAGUCACCGAACUGUACCGGCAUUAUUUCACAGCUUGAGAACGGAGGAGGCAGCAGUUUCUCACGCCAGACUCCAUGUGUACGAUAAACGUGCUGUAGUUGUUGUCAGUGACACAUCAAGCCUUUCUCAUUUACUACUUUAAAUAAAUAAAGCAAACAACACAGGGACAUGUAUUCUUUAAUAAUGCCGCUGCACUACUAGCUAAGCUCACAUCGCUACAUUUGCAUCGGUAAAAUAGGAAAACAUGUAGGUUCCUCUUCUGCUCUACUUUACUGCUAAACAUAAAGUUUCAACUGGUUUAACCUUAAUGGUCAGAAAAAUAAAAGCUGAAAUAAAACUAAUAAUUAAAAAACAAAAAAACAACUCAAACUUCUUCAACAUCAAACUUAAGCACACACAGCGAGACAACAACAUGGCACCUCCUCAGACUGCAGCCUGUGAAUCCAUAACAUUUAGGGUAUGAGGGUAUUUUACAUCUACAUGACAGAACCAAACACCACCUCCUUCUUUUCCUUCCAGUAUGAUUUCUUUCUCUCUGACUUGUGUUUGAAAUGUGAUAUAUUUAGAUUUUUAACAGCCUAAUUAUUUAUUUCCACAUGUAUUUAUUUACAAAGACGUUUAUAUUUCUAAAGUAGUACUCAGUGCAAUUUCUGCACACGGCACUUUUUAAUGAGUUCAUGAACUAUUUGAAUAAUAAAAGCCUCGUCCCUACAGUUUCGCUUUUAAAGUAAUCCAAUAAACGCGCUCGGUUUCUUUGUGCUGAAGAAAACUUGAAAAAUGCAACAGCCCCGAACGAUUAGGAUAGCUUAACCUUUGACCCAACCGAUGUCCCAUGGUAACGUUUUUGAUAUCAAGUCGGUCUUAUCGUCCCUCCUAAAAUGGGAAAUCAACAGCAGUUCCUCACAGCACAUGAUAUGAAACUGGCUUUCUGAAUGAUAUGUGUAUAUUAAGUGUAGUGCCUCUCUUUUCUAACAUUCUGCACAGUAUGCCUCUGCACCGAUUCCUUUGACCUCACAUCCUUCACGCUGCUGUAAUCAUGUUCAUGAAACGUCUGCACAUCACGUCAUCACUUUGCGUUUUCUUUCGUCUUUUUGUCAUAUGCAUUUGAGACAAAAGAUUAAAAUAUUUGGAAGAGAUUCAGCGUAUCUCAGGAUUGUCAGCUUGCAUAGGGCUCUACUUCUUAACACGUCAUGCAAAAUGUUUAAAAUGCAACCCACCUGUAGCUUUAAUCGCUUCGUUUCUACUCCGUUUUAUUCCUUUGUUGUAUAUUUUAGCUGAGGUUUAUCGUGUCCUAACUGUGACUCUGGAUUAGCAUGCCUCGGGUCAGCCAGCCUACGGAGUAUGCUCAGUUUGUCAACUGACUGCAUGGACGACAUCUUAAAGCAGGGAACUGAUGCAACCAUUGUAUUGCACACUCAGCAUUGCAUUUUUAGGAGCGAUUAGACAGCUACAAACAUGCUAUAUUUUGUUUGUGUGUUUUCUAUAGAUGUGAUUCAUCCAAUACCUGAUAUGUUAACAGUCUUGUGUGAUGUGGAAAUAUUUUGGCUCAUUCGGUGGGGGGGGGUUUGACUGAUCUCCUCACCUGCACAACUGUUGUUAGUCAUAAUAAAUCAACAAUUAGCUUGAAUUGGCGUUCAAAUCUCACAGCUCACCUUCCGAACAGAAUCAUUGUGCAUUUUAUCCACCUUCGUCCUGGGCGAAUGCUCUCCUGUUUGUACUUUACUCAUAACUCUGCAUCACGUUGUUUUAUUUCAAAGCUCUAACAGUCAACCUGGUCGUAAUUGUUUCUGAUUAGUUUUGUUCUGACUUUUUUUAAGCAACCAAAGUUCUGUUGGUGCACUCACUUAAAAGUUCACUCUGAAUGUAUAAAAAUAACAAUAAUAUAUAGGAAUUCUUCUUCUGCUUCGAUGUUUUUAUGAACCUUCUGCUUUCUGGUUGGGGUUCCUCACUGAUUGUAAGGCGGUUAUCACCGGGGAUGUACGCACAGGUUCUGAGACCCGCCAUGUAAUAAUCUGUCUGCUUAUGUGUGGGACGAUUAUGGUUCACUGUGGCCUAGUUAAACUUUUAUGUCUUGUACAAAGUAAUGUUCUUGGUUGCUUUGCCGUCGCUCUCCUUCUAGUAUCAGAAUCUACCCUCACCAUCCUACUGCAGCAGCAGCCUUCACACGCAAUCACCAACCUCUCUUUUCCUACCCUUGCCCCAUGAAGUAAUCUCACAUUCUUGUGCUUCCACGUCUCUUUUUUUUUAGCACCAAUACAUUCCAUUGUUCUUUAAAGAUUUUUGCAUUGUAUAUAAACAUGAUUGCCGUGGACUGUGUAUCAUAUGGUUGCACUCAUUAACAAACUCCUAAAUGGGCAGUAGUUCAGUCGGUGUCUGAGUGUUUGUUUGAGUUUCCUGUCAGAUGUUUGUGUACACUGAACACAUUGUCAUAUAUUAAAUAAACCUGGAAGUGAUGCAACACUAA